AUGAAGCAUGUGAGGGAGGAUGGACAAAGCCGAAUGAAUGGCUUCAUUUUCACCCAAUUGCAACGUCAAUAUAUCUUCGGUGCAAUAUCCGGAGAUACGCACGGAGUAACAAGGGCGGUUUUCUUUCCUACAGGCAUGCCUUGUGGGUUUAAAACUAUUGAGUACUUAAUACAGAGGUACAUGGGCACAAUAUGGCAUGGUACUCUCGGGGAAUGA